AUGUCGGUCAAAUUCGAGAAAGAUACCAUAAAAACCACCGGUCCUCUUGCAGGAAUACAAGGCGUUCCAGCGAUCGAUGUCAAAGAAGUUCAUCAUCAUCACCAUCUACCAGGCCAUAACUUAAGACACAAUGUUGGUGUCGCAUUAACUGGAGGCAAAGCCAAUGAAGGAACACGAGGAUAUUUAUCUAUGUAUCUCAAAGAGCUACAAACCAAUCCUCUUCGUACGAAAAUGCUUACCUCUGGCACAUUAUCGGCUCUACAAGAACUGUUGGCCUCAUGGAUCGCGAAGGAUCGUAAUAAGGAUGGCCACUAUUUCACAUCUAGAGUACCCAAGAUGGCUGCAUACGGUGCUUUCAUCAGUGCUCCGCUAGGCCAUGUAUUGAUCAGUAUUCUGCAAAAGAUAUUUGCUGGACGUACGAGUUUGAAGGCCAAGGUUCUUCAAAUUCUUUUGAGCAAUUUAGUUGUUGCUCCAAUUCAAAAUACAGUGUAUUUGAUCUCAAUGGCACUUAUUGCAGGCGCAAAGACUAUUCAUCAAGUACAUGCGACUUGGAGAGCUGGAUUCAUGCCAGUUAUGAGAGUCAGCUGGAUUACUUCUCCUCUCGCUCUAGCUUUCGCACAAAAAUUCCUUCCCGAGCAUACUUGGGUUCCAUUCUUCAACGUCAUCGCUUUCACCAUCGGAACCUAUGUGAAUGCGACCACAAAGAAGAAGCGUCUCGCAGCUCUUCGCAAGAGACACUACGAUGAGACUAGAGGAGGAAGACCCGACGACUACCCUGGACCACAUAGUGGACCAGGAAGAGAAAUGGGAGGACCAGGACAGAAACGCGACUACUAA